CUCUAAAUGGGGCGCCGAAGCUACCUGGGCACUUGUACAUCGGCUAGGUAGCACCAUCGUCUGCCUCGAACUGCACCCUGUCGGCUUUGGAGCUAAGGCAUCCCAACUCUAUUUCAUCGACGUCAACGUCGCGAUCAAUCCCCAGACACGACAAUCCCCAGUCGGCGGUACCCGUAACGAUGUCGGCCAAAUAUGCCUUCAGCAAGACCCUGAAGGAGGUCCGCUUCUUGUUCUGCCAGGGCGAAACUAGCGCUGCGACGAGGACAUUCCUCACGCGCGCCUACCCAACAAUGAAGAAGAACAACCCGCACACACCCAUCCUCAUUCGCGAAGCCGCCGGCACAAUCCCUAAAAUCUACGCCCGAUACGAAUUCGGAAAGGAGAAGAGCCAGUCAUUAGAAGGACUCGACGACAAGCAAAUUGAGGACACCGUCUCGACGCUCGUGAAGAGCGAUGUAUGAUAUCAAUGUCUAUACUGUACCUAUACAAUACCAAAUAGACGGUGCUUAGAGGCAAGGUGAUAACAAAAGAAAACUAUAUCAAAUCCAUCGGCCGUUUGAGAUCAUGCAUUGAGACUCGGAAUACCAUGCUAGCAAGUUCAUGAGUAUACGUGAAAACAAACGAUUACGUCAAGUUAUAUUUAUGAGUGGCUAAGUAGACAGACCAAAGGCCAUGGUUUUCUAUUAAUUACAAUCACAUAGCUUGCAUCACGUCACAGAUUAGAGUCAGGCAAGCUUAAUGGAGAGC